CCCCACCCUCUACCACGUGCACACCACAUCGCCGGCAUGCAAGCCACUGCGGGUUCCGCGCUUGCUGAAGCAGCUGCAGAGCCAAGCCGCAGAACAGCGCUUGCCACGCGAUCCGGUUCUUGCUUUCGACCUGGUUUAAAGAGUAUUCUAGGAGGCCUUCAUCGCGUGACUGAGCUUCGCAUACGUCAACGCUUAUCGACUCUUCCUUUGCCGUUUUCGCAGAUCAUUUCAAGUCAUGGCGUCUGACAAGCCCUUGUCCACAGGUGGCACAGCAGCCUCGGGAUUGUCGGAUGUGCCGGGCGAGGCGAAGACGAUGACGACUCGGGUGAUGGAGACGGGCGCGUCCACGGUGCAGCAGUUCCGCCCCAUCCGGCAGAUCGGCCAACACCUCUGCGCGUUCCACUACUACGCCAGCGACAUGUCGCGGCAGGUGGAGGCGCACCACUACUGCUCGCAUGUGAACGAGGACGUGCACCAGUGCCUCGUCUACGAUUCCGACCAGCCCUCCGCGCGCCUCAUCGGCGUGGAGUUCAUCGUCUCAGAGGAGGUGUUCCUCACCCUGCCGGAGGCCGAGCAGCGCAUGUGGCACGCGCACGAGUACGAGGUCAAGAGCGGAUUACUGUUCAUGCCGGGCCUGCCAGCUAUUGCGGAGCAGCCGAUUAUGGCGAAGCUGGUGAAGACGUUUGGCAAGACAUGGCACUUCUGGCAGUUUGACCGCGGGGACGCGCUGCCCCUGGGCGUGCCACAGCUCAUGGGGGCCUUCUUCGCAGACGGCCAGCUCAAACCCGAACUGCCUCGAGCAGUGGAGCAGCGGUACGGGGUGCAGAUGGAGGAGCGGCGCAAGAUGCGCGCCGACCUCAAGGGGCCUGAGCGGGCUGUGGACCAGCUAGCAGAGCAGAUCAAAAGGGGGAUGGGGCUCGAGACAGAGCUCAAGGAGUGCGCGCUGCCGGGGAAGGAGGGGCCGGGCGUGGGUGGUGUGGGUGUUGCUGGCAUGGCUGCUGCCGGCAAGGAGCAUGUGGGGCAGGUGGGGAGGAAAACCACAGGCAGUGAUCCCACGGCGAGGAUUGGCGGCUGAGUGAAAGCGGGUGUGAAAUGGAAGUGAUGUCUUUCUUCUCUCGGCCGUAUGCUGUGAGGCUGAUAGGAAGGUAGUAAGAAACGAGUCCGGAGAGACAUGGAGUGCACGCUAUACACGUACAUACGUUUAUGCACACUGAGAGAAGGUGUGUUUCAGUGGAUAGAGGCUAUG